AAUAUUCUUUGUGCAUUUUUUGUAAGAAGAAAUUACGAGGGAUUACGAGGAAUUAAUAAAAUGCAUGCACGUUCUGGCACGCCAACAAAUGGAGAUAGCUUUACUAAUUCCAAUUUCUAAACAUAUGCGCUGCCAGAAAACGUCUGAGAAAUCGUUAAGUAAUGUAGUAAACAUGUUCUGUUGUUAGCAGUUGUAGCAGUAUUUUAUUUUCUUGUUAAAAAGAUUGCAGGAGUGACACAUCGUGUGGUUUUUAGAGUGUAUUUCACCAUUUAUUCGAAAAUUUUAUGUGAUUUAAACCUGUGUGCUUCAAAAUAUUGUGUUUUAGCGUUUUAGAAAUGAGUCAUUUGUGAGUAACAUAACAACGAAAACAUUGAAAAGAAUGGAUGUAACGUACUCGUUUUCAAAGGCCCCGUCAUGGGGUAACAAUGCACGUGCAUUCCUGUCUCAGUUUUCGGACGUGUUUAGCGCUUUUGGGAAGUACAUUGCACCCUCAUACAAACAUGACCGAUGUGAAAGAUCAGUUCAGAUGAGGCUGUAUUCCCUCAACAAGCGGCAGUUUGUGAUGGUGUUUUUCAUUUUCUUCAUAUGCUUUGGAAUCACGGUGCUCAUUGGAAUUGCAGGUCCUCCUAUCAUUAGUACAGUCACUCACAACCUGUCAGCUCUAACCCAGCCAGAUAGUGGUCUCAACAUGAAGACAGGUCCAUUCACACUGAAAUCACCGCCAUUGUCAACUUUCCAUCAGCAGUUCUGGUUGAUUGCACACAUCAUAACAGAUAAUAAAGCAGGAACAAAGAUAGAGCAGUCAUUUACUGUAAGCGUUUUCAUUGGUGGAAUUAAAGGUGAAGAUGAGAGUAUUAUCCAAUCAGAGAACCCGAAACUUGAUGGACUGUCUCACAAUAGAACAAGGCUAUUGUCUUGCAAAGAGGAGUGUAAUGACCUGAUAUUGUUACACCUUGGCUAUUUAGACUACACAUAUUACAUCAUAAACAUAAACUUCCAUGGUCUGGAGCAGCAGGCACAUUUCAAUAUCAAAAAUAUCAUCUUUUACUUCAAAAGCUACAACACAGCAUUUACAAAGCUAGAGAUUUGGUUGAGGUUCUCUUUUCUUGUCUUCACAUUUAUAGCUACGUGUUCAUUUGCUCAUUCAUUGAGAAAGUUUUCAAUAAGAGACUGGUCUAUAGAACAAAAAUGGAUGUCAGUACUUAUGCCACUUCUUCUUCUAUAUGAUGAUCCAAUAUUUCCUCUAACUUUUCUUGUGGAUAGUUGGGUACCUGGGAUGCUUGAUGGGGUUUUCCAAGCAUCAUUUCUCUGUGGCUUGUUACUUUUCUGGUUGUGUAUAUACCAUGGAGUUAGACAGACUGACAGAAGAUUUUGGAAGUUUUAUUCACCCAAGAUAUUAAUAGUGGGUUUAAUAUGGAUAUCUGCAGUCACCUUGGCUUCUUGGCAGGAGUACAAUGAGCUACAAGACCCUACAUACUUCUAUAGGCUUGACACAAGUAACUUUAUGGGAUUUAAGAUAUUUUUCUUCAUAGUUGGAGGUAUAUAUCUGCUGUACCUGCUGUAUUUGUUGGUCAGAGCGUAUGCUGAGCUUAGAUCCAUGCCAUACUUUGAUUUACGGUUGAAGUUCAUGACAUUUCUAAUGUUGAUAGUGUUAUCAAUAAGCAUAACAAUCACAGUAUUACGGUUUGGGCGUGCCGCUUUGCAAGACAAUUUUGUUGCGGAGUUAUCUACCCAUUAUGAGAAUUCGGCAGAAUUUGUAGCAUUUUAUGGACUGUUGAACACAUACAUGUAUACAAUGGCAUUUGUAUACUCUCCGUCACCGAAUGCAGUAUUUGAAACUCAUUUCAAGGACAACCCAGGUCUUUCAAUGUUGAAUGAUUCUGAUGAAGAGGUGCAUUAUGGAUCUGAUACAGAGAGCAUAGGGCUAACAAGGGUGCGGCCGAAUGCUGUAGGCAAAUACGACAGUGACUAGGUUAGCUUUGUAGCUUUGUUGCUCUAACUGUUCAGCUGUUUGAACUCAAACUGAAACAGUGUCAUACACAAACAUAGUUUUGGUAUGGCACACUAUCUGUGAUGAUGCUAAUAAAAGUGGAACACUUAGAGAAAGUCUCUGUGAUGACGAUGGAAGAUCAGAAGAAAUCCGGUUGAAUAUUUAUCAACUGUUUAUCUUAUUUUUUUGCUUGAUGUAGUUCAAGUUUCACUGAAUGGAUACAAGCUUGCCAGUAUGAGAGUUAAAGUAAACUGAAUAUUUUACGAUAGACGUGUUGUUAGUUUAAAAGUUACUGUGAAUUAUUUUAAUUUUGUGGGCACAUUAUUUUGUGAUUUUGGCCAUAAUUGCUUUUUUGUGGGGAUAUGAAUUUGUGUAUGGGAAUUUUGCUUGUUCGUUGAGAUUUGAUUUUUUGGAUUAUCUAAAGCAGGAAAUCCACAAAUAUAAGUCCCCUUGAAAAUUAUUGAUUUACAGUAUACUUUUUAUCAGCUGUCCACAGCUGCUUUUCUGUACAAAAGAGCAAAGUAAAACCUGUAUAUAUUGAUAAAAGGCUUAACUCUUAACAUUUUUUAAAAUGUAUUUGAAUUUGAAAUUUACUUUAAAAUGAUUUAUGUUAUAUUAAAAUGAAGAUCAUAAUAUGAAAACAUUGGAAAAGUUGCUGAUGCAAUAAUGUUAUAAGAUCAGAGAGAAAAUUUAUACAUUUGUCAUGUUAGUGAUUCAAACCCAUAAUGUCCCACCUCUUUCAUUAGAUUUCCACCAAGCUUCCUGAAAUGUUUCUCACCACUCUUUUUUUUGCAAAAAGUUAUCAAGACAAGUGCAAGACCAAAUAAUGGACAGCUGUGUUUGAAUCCUACAUUACCAAUCCUUAUCAAGGUAGUACACUGCAGUAUUUUACCAAGGACAUUAUGAAAGACAUGCAUCUUGAAAGGUUCAUAAUACAGACAAUAAGUCCAGUCUAAAAAAAUAGUUACUUUUCAAGGGGGGAGUUCUGGGCAGUCAUGGUCCUUUUAUUUGAAUAAUUACUUCUAGAUACUGGUAGUUUGAUUUUGACUCUUAAUCUAAUGGUUUACUAAUGGUAGUAUGCUAAUUAUGAUAGGUUUGAAUUUUUACAACAUACUUAAUAGCCGGAGAAGGGAUCUAAUUAGUUCAGUAGAUAGAUAUUGUGUUGGGAAGUAUUGGGGAGCAAUUUUCGUUUGAUUUGAAAGUAGACUAGAGUAUAGAUGUGUAUUUUUUAAAGGGGCACAACUCUACAUCUAUGUAAAAAAAUUUGGAAAUUUAGAUUUUUUUCAGUAUUUAGCAUUUAAAAAUUCAAUAUCAACUUGAAUAUUAUUGAAUUAUGAUAUUAAUAUUUGAUAUCUAUAAAUAGAAGUUUGAAAGUUUGAUAUUUGUAUGGAGGAAUGCUGCUUUUAAAUGGUUUCCAAAGCCAAACAUGUUUUGGAUCUGUGAUAAGCAUAAUAUAUAUGAUGAUGGUAUACAAUCACACAAAAAUAUAUGCUUUUGAUGUUUAAUACUGUAAAUGAUUAUUUGAUAUAUGGAGGGAAAAUCAUUGUUACUUAUCGGGGAAUAGUAUUCUUGGAUUUUGGACCUUGAAAUGAAAACCCAAGCAAAAAGUGAAAUUUUCACUUAUUUUUGUGAUCAAAGAAUCUCAUCUAUGUGUAUGAAAUUUUUUUUCUUGAGUCAAAAAUGAAAAAAAAAAUGCCAUAGAGGUUGAUUGAUAUUACAGUAAUGGUCCAAAAGUAGCAGAAUAGUUUACACAUUUAUAAUUAUGUGGAUAUUUGACAUAAAUUGUACAAAAAUGAACAUAAUUGAUGGUUUUAAGCAUAAUUAUGUGAUUUGAAAGCUAUGAAUAAGUCGAAGCUUAUAGAGGCUUUAUUGAAAGUGAGAAUUCAUUUAACAUGAUUGUGUAGUUAGUGCACAUGUUCAGAUGUAACUAUGAUAAUUAAUUGAAAAUAAAUUCUUUAUUUAAAGAGGGUAAAACUUGUAAAGCUGAAACUAGAUAUCUUGAAUAUCCAAGGACUGAGCAUUUUACUAUGAGAUGUCCGAAUUUCAACUUGAAUAUGGUACUUUGUGUACGCAUUUCUUGCUAAAUGUUUUGCAGUAGCCUAUAUAUAUGCAUGUACAUGUAAAUAGGACAUAUACAUUUUAUAUACAUUUUUAGAGUACUAUGUAAUUUAAAAUGCAUGUUUUAAAGUCUUUGUUAAAUUUUAUAACACAAGGUCAUGCCCUUGUGAAAACAUGACAGUAAAGUUGGUAGGCAGUUGGUAGUUGGUAGUUGAACAUUCGAAUAACCAACUACGUACUAGUUGCCAGUUGGUUAUUCAAAAUGCAUUAGCAAGUCUGAUUACCUUUUCAAACAUAAUGAUAAAAAAAUCAUUCUAAUCCUUUUUUUGUUAUUUAAUGUUAAUCUUCAUUUCU